AUGAUUGUUAAACAUGAUUGUCUUCGUGGUGAAUCUAUGAUUGAAAAUGGUUUAUGUUCAUUAUGGUCAGGAAUACGAGCAACAUAUGGAAUGAAUCAAGGACGUAUUGCAUAUCAAAUAAAAAUUCGUCGUCAUAUACAUUGUUCUGAAUUAUUAAAUAACGAAAUUCCGUUCGGUAUCCGAAUUGGUUGGUCAGUUGAUGGAAAUAAAUUUUGUCUGGGUAAACAAUCAUUAUCUUAUGGAUAUGAACAAAGUGGAAAAUUUUGGACAAAAAAUCAAUUUGAAUGGUAUGGUGAACAAUAUUCAAUUGGUGAUAUAAUAACAUGUUAUGCAGAUUUUGAAAGUGAACCUGGCAAUGUAUUACUAUCUUUUGCUAAGAAUGAUUUAAAUUUUAACUUAGCAUAUCGUAUUAAUUAUAAAGAUUUAUAUUUUCGUCCAUUAUUUCCUCAUAUAUUCAUUAAAAAUAUUUCGUUUCAAGUUAAUUUUGGUCAAUUAAAUAUAAAAUAUCCUCUACGAACAGGUUUUCAUUUUAUAAAUAAUUAUCAUGAAGACGAACGAAUUCGAGGUAUAUUACAACCAUCAAGUAAAGAAGAAUGUGAAGUAAUUAUGAUGGUGGGUUUACCAGCAGCUGGAAAAUCCCUUUGGAUUGAACGACAUUGUGCUAUUUAUACAGAUAAAAAAUAUGUUAUACUUAGUACAAAUAAUAUUAUUAAACAAAUGAAUACAAAUGUUUUUGGAAAUGCUCGUCGUCGUAAAAUGUCUUUGUUUGAUGGUUAUUUUCGACGAGCUGUUGUAGUUGUUCCUAACAAUAAUGAAUAUGAACGACGAAGACAUCAACAACAAAUUGAACAAGACAAAUUUACUCCUGAUUUAUUCAUUAAUGAAAUGAAAACUAAAUUUGAUUUACCUGAAGUUGGUGAUGUAUUUGAUGAUGUUGAAUAUGCUGAAUUAGCAUUUCGUGAAGCUCGUGAUCUUGUAAUGUAUUAUCGUCAACAAAGUCAAAUAGUUGAAGAAAUAUUAAGAAAAAAUAAUAAACGAAAGAGAAAAGAUAAUUCUUGGAUACAUUCAAAGAAAAAUAAUCAGAAAUCAAUUCAAUUCAACGACAAUCGAAAUGAUCAUAAUAUUCAAUUAUCAUUUCGUCAUAAAAAUUCUUCAUCACAAUCUUAUUCUAAACAGCAUCAUUAUCAUUCUAGACGAAGACACAUGAAUUAUAAUUAA